AUGGGCGCUUGCUGGUUUUUCAAUAUUGGGGGUCGAGGAAAUAGGGGUGUUGCAUUGAAUUCUGUCGGAACAUGUGAAAAUCAUCGGCCGUAUCGAUCGUUUGGAAUGGGAGUUGAAAGCUGUACCCAAUUGCGCGUAGUUCCACAGAUAUCCGACGAGCAGGAUCUCACCGACGAGCAGAAUAACUCAGAUGAGCUGGAGAUAUCCGACGAGCAGGAUUUAUCUGACGAGGUGGAGAUAUCCGACGAGCAGGAUCUCGCCGACGAGCAAGAGAUAUCCGACGAGCAGGAUCUCACCGACGAGCAGCAUACUCUCGACGAGCAGGAUCUCGCCGACGAGCAAGAGAUAUCCGACGAGCAUGAUCUCUCCGACGAGCAGAAUAACUCUGACGAGCUGGAAAUAUCCGACGAGCAGGAUCUCACCGAGGAGCAGGAUCUCUCCGAUGAGGAGCAUACCUUCGACGAGCAGGAUCUCGCCGACGAGCAAGAGAUAUCCGACGAGCAGGAUCUCUCCGACGAGCAGCAUACCUUCGACGAGCAGGAGAUAUCCGACGAGCAGGAUCUCUCUGACGAGCAUAAUACCUCCGACGAGCAGAAUAACUCAGACGAGCUAGAGAUAUCCGACGAGCAGGAUCUCGCCGACGAGCAGGAUCUCUCCGACGAACUGGAGAUGUCCGACGAGCAGGAUCUCUCCGACGAGCAUGAGCUCUCCGACGAACAGAAUACCUCCGACGAGAAGGAUCUCGCCGACGAGCAGAAUAACUCAGACAAGAAGGAGAUAUCCAGCGAGCAGGAUCUCUCCAACAAGCAAAAUACCUCCGACGAGAAGGAUCUCUCCGACGAGCAGAAUACCUUCGACGAGAAGGAUCUCUCCGACGAGCAGGGAUAUCCGACGAGCAGGAUCUCUCCAACGAGUAGAAUACCUCCGACGAGAAGUAUCUCUCCGAUGAGCAGAAUACCUUCGACGAGAAGGAUCUCUCCGACGAGCAGAAUAACUCAGACAAGUUGCUAG